AUGCUCAUUCUCACCAGGUGGCGGUAUCAACUGGACUGGUGGCACGACUUGCACCUCAGGCUGGACCUGCGUAGAGCAGAAUCCUUAUUACUCUCAAAUGUCUGCAAGAGGCAAGCACUCCAUCUUCAACUCCGUCUUCAGCCCCGCCUGCGACGUCUCGUUCAACCUGUCUCCCCUAGCCAAUCUCCGUCCAGCAGCCCAACGAGUGCCCCUCCACCAGCAACCUCUACCAGCCCAGCUACCAGCAGCGGAGGCCUGACCUACAAAGCGUCAUUCACUCACUACGGUGCCGGCGACAGCUUUGGCUCGCCGAACUGCAACACCAACACGGCCGCCUGUUUCUUCUACACUUACCCCGGCUUCAGCGCCGCCGUUUCCCAGAACCUCUACGGUGCUGGACCGGGUCAAGGCCAGGGCCCUGCCUGUGGUACGUGCUGGAAGCUGGUCGGAGAAACAGACUCGUCCGGAAAUGCCCUCAGCAAUGCGGGAACGAGCAUCGUGGUCAUGAUCAACAACCUCUGCCCGGCCGAUGGUAACCCGCUGUGUGCCCAGAACGGUCUAUCAGGCACAAAUCAGUAUGGCGCCAACGUCAACUUCGAUCUCUGCAGUGACAGCGGUGCGUCCGAAGCAUUCUUCGGCAACAGUGGCGUCGGCCUUGCUGUCGGUACCGCCACACAGGUUGACUGUUCUGAAUGGACUGGAACCAUUGUCCACUAG